AUGAAUGUGAUUAGGGCUCAUAACUCACCCGCGCGCCAUGUAUCUCCUCGCGACGCCCGCCACCGGCGCGUCCGUCGUCCCCGCGCCGUCUCGUCGUCGCGCCGCGGACACCGCCGCGGAUACCGCCGCGCGCCCUUCGGCUGGGCGCCCCGGGUUCGCCACCGUCGCGCGCGCCUUUGGCUUCGGCAAGAAGCGAGCCGAGAAUGGGAAGGGCGCCUCGUACAACGACGAGGGCAACCUGGCGGGGACGUCGCAGGGCAACCUGGAGAAGAAGCGGUGCGACCUCUGCCUCGGCACCGGCCUGCGCAAGUGCUACAACUGCCACGUCGGCGAGGGAUGGAGGGAGAAGAACUUCAGCACCUCCAAGUGCGAGCGAGCGGGAUACGUCCCGAUCAAGGUGGGCGGCUUCAUGGGCGUCUUCGGGGGGAAGGACGCCGAGGAGAAGUGUGGGGUUUGCUGGAACAACCCGGCCAAGAAGCCGGGACAGAUUCAGUGCGUGAGGUGCGGCGGGAAAAAAUUCAUAUACUACAGGAACGCGGACUGGAGGUGAGGCGAGGCGAGGCGAGGCGAGGCGAGGUGAGGUGA